GAGAAAGUACUGUCCUUGCAGCACACAGGAAACUAAACUUCCCUCCUUCCCUGCACCAAAUCCGUGUUCGAGGGACCGCAUGCUGCAAAUACCACCUCAUGCUGCUAUAGCAACACCCUGAGCGCCCAGGGCCUCCCCCGUUGCCCCCAAACAGUUGCCAUUCCGAGGCCCUCAUCGUGUGCCAGCUUUGCAUUAUUCCAAUUGGAGCACGGACUUCCCCACAUGUCAGACCCGACACAAGCAGUUCCAUAAGAACGACCAUCAAACUCAGGAUUCUCGCGUGGAAGUGAUCGGCACUGCACUCGAGCACCACUGACGCCACGACAAUAUACUACCGAGCCCUUUGCUCCAAUUGUGCCAACAGAAUGUUCAUAACAAGCCAUGGUCGCCGGGAAGUAAUUCACUUCGAGACUGUGCGAGGGAUGGAUCGAUGAAAGCCAGAUUGAUGAGAGCCUACAGGAAAUGGGGACUGCCCGAAGGCCUCCUUCAUACAUCGAUGUGAAAUUCUCGGAGCUGACUUCGGCUGCGAGGGUCAGGAGCCCCCCCCUAGAUGACAGAGCAAGCAGCACAGAGUGACACGUACAUGGUAAAAGCGCAAACGAUAAAGGGGAAAUAUUCAACUUAUCCCCGCGCCCACAGGAGAACACGGAGCCCGGCAUAGAGUUCGGUAGAGGGGAGAGUUCGGUCAAGGCCGUGCCUCGAGUGUCAGGCUGCUUUGAAGUGGGAGGGACGCGAACGCCAACUGCUGGGAUUCUGGGUUUUGGGUGGUGGCGAAGGUGGUGGCCAUAGCCAGAGAAGAGCUCAGCGCAGAGUGAGCUCCAUCAGAAAUCAUGCAGCUCUGCCUGAGUCCGUCUCUGGGGCUCAAAGCGCCUCCCCUUGCCCCAGGAUGUCGCUGCCAGGCCGAACCUCCCUCGACGCUGAGGCCUGCUGCGUCUCAAGCUCAAAUUCCGAAGCUCUCACCAUUCGCCCGCCUGUCCACGGCUUGUCUGGAAAGUGUGAAUCCUUCGUCUCUCGCUGCAUUUCUUCUUCCCGUGGCUGCUGCGUGCACGGUCCUCACGGCAUUUCCGACUCCAGUUGAGGCAGGAAUUUUGUCAGGAUCUGGAGGCCUGGAGUCAUUGCAGCUCCCUACGCUUCCUGAACCAGACUUUCUCAAGAAGAUGCAAGAAAACAGCAGGAAAAAGUACGAAGAUUUUGACUCCAGAUUCAAGGCCUCCCCGUAUCUUCAAGGGCUCCUGAAAAAGUCGAAAGAAAACGCCGAAUUGCACAGGAAGGAGAUUGAGGACAAGUACUGCGAACGUGGCGCGGAAUGGGGAGUGGGAGAUUGUUCUCUAAAUGGUCUUCCUCAGGCUGACAAGGAUGCCUUCUUGGAGGCACUGCGGAAACAGAUGAACAAAACAGAAUAGCAAGCAAUUAGAAAUUGUAUUCUCUGGGUUUUAUUUUAGCGAAUGGUGAACCUGCACAGGAGCUCAACUCGUAGCCGAAAAGAAUUUGCUCAUGAGCGCUGGAGAUUAAAAGUAGAUGAGAUUUUAAGCAUCUCAUUCUGCCCCCGUUCAGUGUUUCAGACCGAAAAAACAUUUUGUAUGAAUUAUUUCCUUUACCAAUGCACUACUGCCGUCGAUAUUAAGCACC